GCCGUGGAUGUGGUAGCCUACACCAAGUGCCAGUCAACCUCGGUUGAGCGCGCGCCAUGGUUAAGAUUUGAAGUGGAUUAUAUCGUUUUGAGUAAACCUACUGUAUUUAUUUGGAACAAGAAAACAUCUAUCCGACUGAAAUGUGUUCUGAGUUGACUACUUUCAGAGCCAAGUGAGUAACUCAAAAACUACGUGUCUAUCACUGACACUGGAGAGAAGAGGAAUGCGUGGUUUAACAUGGAUAUCGGGCAAAGGAUAAGCAUCGUUAAAAAUUGCAGAAAUUAUAGACAGGCCAGAAAAGGUGCCGGAAAGGACAAAGCCAGGAUUCUGCACACCUGUGGUUGGAUGUGAGCCUAUAUUAACCUGAGACAGUUAAAAUGGAGUUGCUAUGGAAACUGAUGAUGCUGCUAUCAUUUGCGGAGUUCCUUGCAGGAAACAACGUCCUGCUGAGGCCUGUGUUCACCAAACAACCAGGCAGUGUGGUGUUUCCCGUCCACCCCACUGAGACCAUCAGAGAGGUGGUGUUCAGCUGUGAGGCCCAGGGACAUCCACCUCCCUUCUACAGGUGGAAGCUGAAUGACUCCUUCAUUGUACCUAGAUCAGGGUCACGCUAUGCCCUCACUGGGGGCAACCUACGCAUCAGCCAUCUGAACAAAGAGGAGGAUGUCGGGAUCUACCAGUGUCUGGCAACCAACUCUUUCGGCACCAUCGUCAGCAGAGAAGCUAGUCUACAUAUAGCUUACUUGGAGAAUUUCAAGACACAGAGUCGAAGUCCAGUGAGGGUUCGUGAGGGCCAAGGAGUGGUCCUACUCUGUGGCCCACCACCACACUCUGGAGACCACAGGAUCCAAGAGGUGUUCCCAAGCCAUGACAUUCUCACUUUGCUCCCCAUCACCAUCUUUGCCACCUGA